CACGUGGCGCGCCAAAGUGAACGAUGGCGGCGCGGGUGGUGUCCCUGUGGUGCUCGGCGACCGCGGCGCUGCUGAUGGCGGCGAUGUUGGUGCCGGGCCCCGGGCUGGGACCGGGCACGGCGAGGGCCGACGGCUCGGUGCGGCAGAUGCGCACGCACCUGUUCGCGGGGCCCGUGCUCAAGGUCGAGUACUGCGUCUCCUGAGGGUACCGGCGGGUGUUCGAGGAGUACUCCCGCGUCAUCGCCGAGAGAUUCCCGGACAUCCGCGUGGAGGGCGAUAACUACCUCCCACAGCCCCUGUACAGGUACAUCGCCUCCUUCUUCUCCGUCUUCAAGCUGGUGCUCAUCGGCCUCGUGCUGAGUGGGAAGAACCUCUUCCCCAUGCUCGGAGUGGACACUCCCGGCGUGUGGACGUGGAGUCAGGAGAACAAGCUCUACGCCUGCCUCAUGAUCUUCUUUGUGAGCAACAUGGUGGAGACGCAGUGCAUGUCGACGGGCGCCUUCGAGGUCUCCCUCAACGACGUGCCCGUGUGGUCUAAGCUGCAGUCGGGCCGAGUGCCGAGCCCCCAGGAGAUCCUCCAGAUCCUGGACAACCAUGUGAAGCUGAGCGGCGGCUCCGCGGGCCGCAUGCAGCCCUCGUAGCGACUCGCGCGGCCACGGCAGCGGCGGCGGCAGAGGCGGCGUCCUCGGCACAAGAUGCGGUCUGCGGACGGACGGAAGGGUUCCGUGUGGGUCAAUGACGGGCCGCUCUGAAUCCUGGCCUCGCCGGGAGGAGCGGACCCUGACAGAAACGUUCCCACGCGGCUCUCCCCUCCGCCGCAAGGUCGCCGUCUCCGUGCCACGGACGGCUGCUGCUCCCCCCCCCCCUCACCCCCGAUACCCGGUGGCGAUGGCGGGCAGUUCGUUGACGCGAGCUCUGGGCCUCGCGUGUGAAGGUGGCAGUGUGGCCAUAGCACGAGGCCGGACGGAUGAAGCGCUCCCGGCAAACGUAGCUGCUCUCUUUCGCAGUUCAUUACUGCCUUGACUCCCUCCCUCCCAAUUUAAACUACCCGCCACCCUCCCUCAACCCCCCCCUGGAGAUUACCUCAGAAAAUGGUGAAACUCCCGUUCCUACCGUGAUUGUUCCGUGUCCGUAUGCAGACGCAGGGCGUGCGUGAGGGGGUCGUGGUCCCACUCCCCCACCUCUCCCCGUCGCUCCUCGUGAGAGACGGGGGGGGGGGUGGGGGGGGGCGUGGGGAAGUUGGUUCACGUCACCGCCAUCACGCAGCACCCUGAAGGAACAGCUUUGCCUGAGCCGACACGCGCGCACACGUGGGCGCUGGUGCCCUUGAUUAACCCGGGCACGUGCCCCCCCCCCCCUCCCCACCUUUUAAUCAUGAAUUGUGACCCCCUUAAUUAUUGUGACCCCUUAAUUAACUUAAUCUCGGCUAAAAGUCCGUUGUUGCAUGGGGGUCGGCUGCUCGAAAGUUAUGAUUAUUAUUUAAUAACUGUGCACAGUUCUCUGUUGUUGAUAAAUCAACGAGUAAACUAAUCGAGGGUUUUCUGUUCUUUAUACCGGGAUUAGUCUUUGAGCGCUCAAAGUGGGACGUGAGUCAAUUAGCGGCGACAACUUCCUUGACCCUCGCCCUUCCUGCUUCACCUCGCGGCCGCGUUCUCGCUUCGCCCCGACCGAGCGGCCGCUACGAACCGGGAAGCGCGGAGAGCACGGCACCGCCACGCGGCCAGCAACGAGCCGGCAACGCGGCGCCGAGGAAACGUCGCCACCACUUUACCUGUCGCCCCUCCCCUCCCCCCCGGCUUGUGCGGAUAUGAACGUGGGGGGGGGGAGUGGGGGUCGGGAGCGAGCCUCGUAGGCGACGUGGUGGACUUGCUGCACCACCCAGCCCCACCACUACCGCCCUCCGCCAUGGAGCCCAUCGCGCCCCGAUGAAAACAAUUCCAGCCGCCACUGCGGAUUAAGCGCGUUCAAUUGCUAGGGCGUCCCUGAGCCCGCUAUACUUGUGAUUUAUAUUUGAAUAACCGUCUCGUAAUCUGUCGCCAUCAGCGUGUAGGGAGGGGGCAGCCCUGGCGAUCCGCUCGCGGUUCCUUUUAGUCGUGAUUCACCCACCCCUGUACCACGCGAGGUAGUUUAUAUCCAGUGGUACCAGUUUGUGUGUAUGGCUACUUCAAAUGUAUCAUGUAAUCAAACACUUAUUAAACAAGGUUAUUGUAUGCUUCAAUUUUAUUGCUGAUUUAAAAUGUAAUUUUGGGUUAGGCCAUCUCAUGAUUUGACCAAAUUUGUGUCGUUAAGACCCUCCUGCCCAGUCAAGAAUUUUAAAAAAUCCGGAAGUCUUUCUGACUUGCUGUAUUUUUAUUCGGACUGCCUAGGAUCUUGUCCUGAUGAUCCGUGCCGUAGUUUCAAAUGAUAUGUCGCACAUCUAAUCGUUAAAUCUGCUACCAAGAAUCUUACUUUAUCCCAGCGGCGAGCGAGCUGAAACGAGCGCAAUCGGCGCAUCGUUAAAAUGCUUGCGCACUGCGGGACAAGUAUUUUGGUUGGGCCGGGUGGGGUGGAGGGUUUUUGACGACUAAUUAUGUCAGAUCAUUAAUACGUAGCCUAAACCAAAAAUUAAUUAUGAAUCGUAAUAUCAGCUGUUUACGAGUUAAAGAUCUCGGUAAAACUCAAGAUUUCCCAUCCCAGGUGGUACCAGCAAGGAAGAUAUUUGGUGUGGGCCACGGGAUUCGUUCACUGAUACAACGAAUGGUUGUGGUUUGAUUGCAAGAAUCGAUAAAAAAUUUUCCUACACAAUACGGUGAAUGUCACGACCCGUGCACCCAUUGCACACAAACUUCAACAAAUUGAUUCAUCGUAUAAACUCUUCCCACGCCUACGAUUCGACACGUGUAUCGUUAGCGCAGAAGAUCGAUUUAAACCGGUGAAUCGAUGGGUCGCUACGUGACUAAAUGCUGCGGCGGGCUCUUCUAUAACCCCCUUUGCGGAUCGCUGGAUUCCUGUUGCGUCUCCCUCAAUGUGCGUGUGUGUGUGUGCAGUCCGUGUUGUAUUUAUGUAAUGUGGGUCUCCCCCUAUGUGAGUUGUGCGGUAGUUCCCGCACGUGUGAUACUACUAAUACUACUACGUAGGUUUACGCGGUUGUGCUGUGUAUCUCCGACGGCGUUUGCACAACGCGACGAAGCUAAAUAAUCAACACGGGCUCGCUCUCCGGCGUCAAACACCAGCAGCAGCAGCGGCCGGCGAUGUUGGAGUAAUCGAGCGCGAUCGUGUGGCCGCCUUCGUUGGGUUCCUGACGGAAGCUACCAACCACGUGGGGCGAAUUGUUGGAACGCUGCGCCGAGCGGCACGCGGUUGCGACCCGAAAAAGCGUCGCCGGAGAUGGAACGGCCGUGCGAUUGCUGCUGGGGCCGGUUGACGGCGCGUGGAGCGAGUGGGGCUAGGCGAGCUCGGCCGGCCCUCGGUAACAGGGGGCCUGCGGUGAGCGAGGCUGUUUGUACCACGGGAAGUUAAUAAAUCGUGCUGCUCCCUAGCGUGA